AGGCCUGUUUAUUAUAUUAUUAUUGAUUUGAUUUAGAUUAGUUAAAAUACUUCUUAUUUCAACUAAUGGCAGAAUUUAUCACAGAUCUAUUUUUAGUGACAGCUAGAGAUUCUGACUUAUCAACCUUCAUUUUGGAAACCACAAUAAAAAACCAUGAUGGAAACAUUUGGGAACAAACAUGGCGACACAAAGGAAAACGCUUCCUAGGAUUUAAAAGGAAUCCUGAUGAUCAAUACGUUGUGACAGAUAUUACAGUCGUUGAAGAAGAUAAAGACAUACCAGAUGAUUAUGCUGGGCUUUUAAUUACAAAAGAUACAAAGGAAAAAGGUUCAAGGAAGUAUGUUAUAUGUUACAAGAGGGAUUCCAGGAACAGCGUAGAUAAAGCCAUCACUGAAAUCAAUGUAAUCAAUGAGUCCAAAGGAGAACUUGUCCCUGCUCAAUUCACAUCAGUCAAUUCGGCAAUCAACGAUGUUUUAAUUGUAUUCAAAAUUCAAGAUGUUGUUACACAACCAAAACCACCGAAGUUACCUCCAAGACAGUCUCCUCAAGUUCAAGUACAGCAGUUUCAACAACAUUCUGCAGGCGUUCCCAGUAGUCCAGUCUCAGGUAUCGAAGGUGUUCCGUUUCAAAUUAAUCCGAAAUACAACACCCAAUCAACACAUAAUGACCCAAUGCUAAACGAAAUUCAUAGAAUUUCUCUCGAUGACAUCAUUGCAAAGUAUUCCUAUUCAUUCCAUACAGAGAAGGGUGUGAUCCCAACGAGCUGAUGAAGAUUAUGUGCAAGUGGAACUGAUAACGAACGCUGAAGUUCUUUGUUUUUAAACUUUCCCUUGUCGCACUCUGUUGUCGAGCUAUCUUAAAAGCUGAUUGAUGUUACUUGUUGUGCUGUGAAAUACGAUUAACUAAUCCUAUGUUACUAUGUUGGUUUGCUGAUAAAUAAAAUUAAAUUUAGUGACAAAAAUCUAUAUUAUAUUGUAAUGUGGUGUUAUGUUUUUACCUUCGUUGUAUACAUUUUUUUACGUUUGUGUUAAGGAGGGAGUGGUUGGUUAUAUUUUCGCAGAUGUCUGACAAAAUAAGGUAGUCAGCCUGGGAAUUGAGUUCGCUGUCUAAAUCUUUGGGGUAGCUAUUUGCAUGGAAGAGGAUUUUCGCAAGAUGAUAAUAUUUUGAAGAUGGGUUUUUGUUUUCUUUUCGCACAACUGAUUGCCUGUUGUAAAAAUUUUUGACUUUUUAUCCUCGUUUCCUCGUGAGGUGCAGCAAUUUUUUUUGCCUGUCUGUCUGUCUGUCUGUCACGCAAGAUGGUAGUGGCGGCUUUUCUGAUCUUGCUAAGUCCUUGAAAAAUCGGGGUUUGAAAUAUUUCAUUUUGUUAUAUGUUAAUAUGCUAUUUGUUUUUAUUCAUCAAUUAAAUAGAAUACUUAUAGUUAA